ACUGGGAACGUCAGAGUGCCCUACGACUGCGCCGCGUGCACAUCCCUGCCUGCUCGAUCGUCAUUCACGCGACCGUAGAUCAUCGUUCAUGCUCUGCGAGUGCAUCGAUCGCGUGAUCCAUCACGAUUCUUAUUAAUUCGUGAAAAGGACAGUUUGCCAGUGAUUCAAGUGUUCUCGUGCGUCACCGUUCCUGUCCGUCUUCGUGGAUCUCCGUAUUUUUCGAUUCACGCUUGUUCCGGUCUAAAAGCAGAGAAUCCAAGGUUACGAUUUCUCGAGUUUCGUCGUCUGUGUGUCAUCGUUUCGUCCGACAGUUACCUACUUCGGCUAUUGUACGAAAAAUUCGCAAGUAACCGCGUAAAAUGCGCGCGCCCUGACGAGCUACGAUAAGCGACGUCGUUCAUCGAGACACCGUAUCGAUUGUUCUCCUUCAUCGAGCACCGUUUACGAUGCUCCCGCGGCCAAAGGCUUGAAAGAGCCUGGCGAAAAAAGCGGAUCGCCCAAGUACACGUAGUCUUUCGCAAACGCGAUCCAACGAGAGCUAGAAAACACCGGACGAUCGAGAGCGAUGCGUUGAACCAUCGAUCACGACGAGCGGCGCGGGGAUGAGCGAGGCGUUCAAUUAAAGCGUUCCAGAAGUGAGCGACAGAGAGCGAAGGAACAGGGGGAGUCGCGUGACUCGCUUGGAAAAUAUUAGUCGCAGAGACGGGGUUUAUGAUGUCGUCUCUCGUUCUCGUCGUUGUACCGACCGAAUACCGGUCGCGUUGAAGUUUGGAAAAAAACAAUCCUCCUACCAACCGCACCAGUGAUUACGUACACAGCGUUCGAUCGGCCGAGCGUUUUUUGUCUCGAAAGAUCACAUCUCGUAGCGUGAGCGAGCAACGUGAAAUACAUUUUCGUUGAACGGCUGACGAUCGCGAUCGACAACGUCCAUGCUAGCGAGCAUUUCGACCGGUUGAUUUGGCGCGCGCGUGACACGAAAGAGGAACAUCGGACUUUGGAAGUAUUCCAGCUGCAGAUCCAGCGUGGACAAUGAAGUGGUGCUUAGUGGUGCUGAUUCUGGUCGGUGUCACACGGGCCGACAAUUCCGUCGAGACGGCCUAUUCGAUCUUCACGUGUCCGGACCUGAAUUCUCAAGAGGAGAUCGAUUUGAACGCGAUAAUGGGCAAGUGGUACGUGGUGGAGGUGCUGGAGCACAAAGUCGACUCGUCGAAACCUGCCAUUGGGUCGUACGUAGUCGAUUCUUGUCCGAUCGUGAACCUGAUGGAGGCCGAGAAAUCGGCCAAGUUCUUGUCCUCGUUGAAGCUACUGUGGGUAGAAGAGGCCGGCACUGUGGAAUACACCUUCCGGAUACCGGACAUCACCAGGAAGCCGGGCUUCUGGAUCUCCUCCAGUUUUCAAAAUGGUACGCUGACAGUGUCGGAGAGACCGUACCAUCAGUUCACGGGGAACGUGCACGUAAUGAAAGCCGUGGCCUCAGACAUGGUGUUGACUUUCUGCUCCCGGAGCCCGGACAAUCAACUGUACUCGUUGCUGCUUUCGCGAGAGCACAUCUUACAGAAGAGCGAUAAACGAGGCGUUCACAAUCUGCUGGGCCGUCGCGGCCUCAAGAACAUCAACAUCCGGGAGACCUGCAUGAACAACGCUGUCUACAGAAGAGGAUCCUUCAAUCUGGUUGGCUGGCUGACUUUAAUAGGAAUACUAUCCACCUUCUUCUUCGGUUCCUGGUAGUGGUAAUCAUCGAAAGGAAGAAACGAUCAAAUUUUCGGGGUAAAUCGUUAGUUGCUUGGCGAGUCGAUUAACGAUGAUCUUUAACAAUCUUUCUAAUCCCGAGUUCUCGCGAUCUCUACCGUAUACUGCGAGUCCAAAUCGACAACUCCGACCGUCCCGAGAGAGAUCGCCUGUGAAACGAAAUAAAUAAAGCUCGUUGCUCGCCCUCGAGAAGAGAAACGAGAUGACAAUUUCCGCAGGUAUCGAGAAAAGGACGAUCGAUUUUAACGACAUCAGCCGAUAACAGAAGACUCCUCUUUUGAUCGCGAAAGAAAAGCUCCCCUUAAUUGCCAACGCAGCUAACGAUCACGCGACUUGUGUCUGUUGCACGAAACCUCGACUGCGGCGUAAUCGUAACGAGAAUCUGGUCGUCUCGCGUCUGUCCGACGAUGGACGAACGAGAAACGCGAAUCUAUCGUUGGCCUCGUGAUUUAGCCACGUGAAUCCAAUACGAGAAAGGAUGCACAGUUGUCAGAGCGGGUCGACUAGCUGUCCUCCUUCUCGGCUCGAUGCCAACGGCACCGAGGGAACGAUUCCUCUGGAUAGCGUGUCGUGCUGCGUUUUCUCGUCCAGGUUCUUCCUGUGCUUAUUACCGCGGGACCUCUGUUCCUCGAAGGAGCUGCCGAUCCCUCGAGUCCUCUCGACUGAAACAACACGGACUCGAAAUUUGUGCAACCGCGCGUUUACGAUAGGUGAGACGAUCGCAUAAAUCGAGGAGGAACCGGAAUGUUCAAAUUCUCCAUGCUAUUGACUCUCUCAGUCCUCGACAACAGCGGCAUUGGCAAGAAAUUGGAGAAAGCAAAGUUCUGUUCCUUUUACGCAACAUAUCCGAUUUUCCAUGUCGCUGUAUAUGCUACGAAAUAUGGUACGCCUUUGCGGUUUUACUUUUCAUCGUAGUUUUGCUUAUAAAAUGUUCUCAGGUUUAUCGUUCUUCGACAAACAUAUCAAAAUACGUUACUUACUGAGGGUUAUCCACGAGGGAAAUAAAAUGUUUGACACGCGAGGAUGAAAUUUGUCGGCGUUAACGCUGGCCAGGGCUGAAAGAGUUAAACGUUCGGAGAACUCGUUGUUCCAGCUAAGAUAAUGCUCGUUUGAGAAAGCGAAACGAGCGUUCCCGUGAACAUUAGUCACGUUAGAUAGAAAUGCAUGUUGUAUGUAUCUCGGUUCGUGGAUUUAAGAAGACAAUAGUAAUAUAUCGUGGGCGAUCGCGUCGCUUCGACGAAGAUCGAUCGAGUAGCCGAUUAUAAGAUUCAUCUAUUCGCUCCGUUGAAUGAGUGAGAAGAGAAAGCGAACGGUGCACAGAGAAAGAAACGGAUAUCCUCGGAUGACUCGAGUGCGUCGUUCCUUUCAUUCCGUAAUGUGGAAGUUUAACGAAAUUGCAGGUUUCGUUGUGACACGAUCGGUACGAUUCUUUGCUCGCCGAAAGUGAUCUAAUCGAGAGGAAACUUUCAAGCGAACCGUGAAAUUGAAAUUGGAAAAUCAUCAGCUGAGACAAACACGAAAUUCGACGAUCGUGUCGCGAUUUUUCCCUGCGCAUCUCUCUCUUAUUUUCAGCUCCGUUUUAGGAUAAAGAAAUUUCCAUUCUAAAUAAAUCGCAAUUAACGAAUGGAUUCGAUUAUCGAGGACGAUUUCAUUCCACGACGAAGAAGCAACAGCAAGAGCAGUGUACGUUGCACGAUUGUAUAAAUAGUUGAACCCUAUCGUUAGAGAUAUUACUCGUGUCAUGGAAGGUCAAAGGUUGUUCGAAGGUUGGGCCAAAGGUUCGACCUUUUUGCCUCGAUCACAUUCGCUUUUCAUUCGAUAUUCAUACGCUAAACACACACGUGCAUACACACAAAUACACGCAGACCGUUAUCACUGGCGCAUAGAAACACGCGACGUAUCGUUUUAUACUUAGCCGAGAUUCGUUCGAGGCGAUCUUUUUUAUAAAGACUUUUGAAUUCUGCCAGUCUUGCGUCUUCGUAUGCCUUUUUAUACGAACAUUCGAUCGUGCAAAAUCUUAUACUUGACUUUUACUCUUUUCUAUGCGCCUCCGUUUCAAUGCCAACAUAUCACACGCUCUAUCCGUGGACAAUAUCGUCCGCGACUCGCGUCUUCUCUGUCGAUGCGAAUUUUAAAUGUUUCGUACAAGCUAUAACGAUGGUUAACGAUUUUCGAACAGACCAGGAACACAGCAAGACUAUCGAUUCACACAUUUACAUAGACAGCGUGACAAUGUUUUUCGUACGUCGCAUGUUUUCUCUGAAUAUAUUCGUGAAAGUGUAAACGAACGCGUUCGGGCGAGUUGUUCAAUGCGUUGAAGAAGAGCAAGAAUUAUCAGAGCUUCCCGCGAGAACGUGAUCAUCGAGCGUGUCGAACGGGGAGGGGAAUUGUUACGAUUUGUUUGAGAAGUUCAAAGUAAAACCCUGUGCGGUGUAUAUACAUCCUCGGAUCGAAUAAAGCUAGGCGUCGCGUCGUCGUCGUGGCGCCUCUGACGAACGGUGUCUGAAAGGACGAUACAAUAUACGCAUGGGGAAACUCGUUAAAUUAUUGUACACUUUUCGAUGGCAAUCGCAAGGGAGUACACCGUGUUAUGUUUUAAAUGCUCUAGAGUCUUUAUUUAUUGUACAGAAUGCUCGAUAUAUAAAUAAAUGAAUGAAUAUAUAUACAAUACGAUCUAGUACCUAAUACGAUAUAAUCGUAUUCGCUUAUUAUGUGUAUAAAUAUGGAACAAUAAAUCACUUCGACGGUU